AUGUACCUCAUCCGUCUCGCUCCACUGACUGCAAAAAAUCCUUUGAUUCGAGCCAUGUCGUCACUCGCACCUGGGAGUAUUCUUCAAGGUACCCACUGGAACUACCGCAUUCUCAACCACAACCACGUUAAGGGGGAUAGCACACAUAUCUCUAAUGUCUUCAAAGCCGAGGUCGUUCCACAUGAGAAUCAUCAUAACAUUUCCAAGGCUCCCAAAUGGGCUUUUAUCAAAGGGGCUUUACCUGACGAUGCAACUGCCAUACUGAAUCUGGAACGCGAACGUCAUGCUUAUCAUCUUCCUGGUGUCUCUUCUAGUCAGUACUUCCGGAAGAUGUACGACGUGAUCGACGAUAGUACCAUCGCCUUAGAAUGGCUGGAUACCACUCUUGCAGAGUUGAAAUACCAGCCUAAUGAUAUGGGCACUCAUUCGCUUGUUGUUUCUGUUCAAAGAGCAGCACUGACUAGCUGUGUCGUUCUGGAGGACUCCAAAUAUGUGAAUACUGACUAUAAGCCUGCUAAUAUUCUGCUUUCUGGCAUCGGUUCUGACCGUAUCACCGCUAAAGUGGGAGAUUUGGGGCUCGUGGUCCCGGUUGGCCACCUACGCCACGCCCAGCCAUAUGCCAUGCGAGCCCCUGAAGUCUACCUUGGCCAAGCAUGUGCAGAGCCAUCCUAUCAUCCUUUCCUGAACGAGGCUUGGUCUAUAGUGAAGAUUAAGCGGCUCUUUCCCGAGUGGGAUAUUCCGACACCUGAUGAGGUCGAUGGCCACUUCGUUAAAGCAGUAGUGAAUUGUGCCCAGUCUAUGACUGAAACCGAGCCAAAACUACAAGAAAUCUUAUCUUUUGACGAGGAGACAAAAACGUUGGAGAUAUCGGACCAGCUGAGAGAUCUUCUUCGUUUCAUGUUGGUACCCGAUCCGGUUAAUAGGCCCUCCGCUUCAUCUGUGCUGGCAUCGAGGGAGUUGCGAGCCUUUGAGAAUCUUGGCGCAUAA